AUUAAAUCCAUAUUUAAUAAUCACACGAACAUGAAUAACGGUGUCAUUUAAAAACUAAUAUAUUGAUUUUUCAAACCAUUAAGGGAAUCUAUGUGAGAAACUGACAUUGUUUUCCACUUGGAUUUAUAUUGAUUUUUCUCUGGAAAACAAUGGUGCAGAAAAUGUUAUAUCAAAGCCAGGUCAGCAAAUCUGGAUUCUACCAUUUAUAAAAAAACAGGGGUGUACUUGUCUAUGUUUACUAUAUCAAGUACCAGUAGAAUGAUAGCAAAUAUUUGUUGUGGUUAGGUUUGCCUUAAUUACCUUGAUUAAUUAUGGUGUGCUGGUUGAAUAUUUUGUUGGUGACAUUUACAUUUACUGGUAUUUGAAUCUGUUUGUCAAAAAUACCUUAUUUGUCUGUCCAACUGAUAAAUGAUAUAGAAUAGGCUGUGUCCAUAGUAUUUUGUUAUACGUUCUCAUGAUGAUUGCGGGGAUCAGACGUACUGCAUUUGUCUAGUUGCAGUGCAAGAUGUGAUUAGAUGAAAUAUGUAGUUAUCUGCAACGUCAAGAAAUUGCUGUCAAACGAAUGCAAUGGUAGAACUAGAACCCAUGGAACAUUCACGGUUACUAGAUGAGACGGAAUCUUUAAAUAGCAAUCACUAUCAGAGUACAUUUAACGACCCAGAUGACGACGAUGAAUUGUUGGAUAUCAGUGAUGGAAAGUCCCGCCACUCAAAACGAGGAAUUAUUGACCUGACGCAAGGCAGCUCAUUGGUGGACACAUUUGAGCCUCUGGCACCAGGAAUCAAUGACAAAUAUGAAGACUUCUACACGAUAGAUUGGUUGCACGAUAAGAACCGGUACAUGCAACGACAAAAAAAGAUACGAAACAAACGUAAGCAAUCAUGUUGGGCUCGGUUCUGCGCAUCCAUUGAUGACGGUUCAGGAUGGCUCGUCGUUCUAUUGGUUGGUAUAGCUGCAGGCAGUUGUGCCGGUAUCAUAGAUAUAGGAACAGGAUGGAUGAGUGACCUCAAAAAUGGCGUAUGCCGUAAAGCCUUCUGGUUGAACACGGAACAGUGUUGCUGGGCGACAAACAAUACCGGCUUUGGUGAAAUAGACUGCCCUCAGUGGUACACGUGGGCGGAGAUACUUGGGAUUCAGGAACAGGGAACUGUUGCGUUUCUGAUCAACUAUUUGUUUUUUGUGAUCUUAGCUGUUACUAUGGCACUGAUGGCUGUAAUGCUUGUCAGGGUCUUUGCACCCUAUGCCUGUGGGUCUGGCAUCCCAGAGAUCAAAACUAUUUUAAGUGGAUUCAUAAUCCGAGGUUAUCUGGGCAAAUGGACUCUAAUCAUUAAGUCGAUGACAAUGAUGUUAGCUGUUGCGGCCGGACUAAGUUUGGGCAAGGAGGGGCCACUUGUUCACGUGGCAUGCUGCUGUGGAAACAUCUUUUCAUACAUGUUUCCAAAAUAUGGAAAUAAUGAGGCUAAAAAGAGAGAGGUGUUAUCAGCGGCUUCUGCCGCAGGUGUGUCCGUAGCAUUUGGUGCUCCAAUUGGUGGCGUCUUGUUUAGUUUGGAAGAGGUUAGCUACUAUUUCCCACUGAAGACGCUGUGGCGUUCUUUCUUCUGUGCUCUUGUUGCGGCUUUUGUACUCCGAGCAAUCAACCCGUUCAGUACCGAUCAUCUUGUCAUGUUUUACAUCGAUUACGAUAACCCGUGGUUCGUCUGGGAGCUCUUUCCAUUCAUUUUACUUGGCAUCUUUGGUGGUUUGUAUGGUGCUUUCUUCAAUUAUUUUAACUUAAAAUGGUGCAGAUAUCGUAAAACAUCUUCUCUGGGAAACUACGCUAUCACAGAGGUGAUUGUUCUGACAUUAAUUACAGCUGUCGUCAGCUUUCUUAAUCCAUACACAAAACAAAAUACGAGCGAGUUAAUCGCUAAGCUCUUCCAGAAUUGUGGCCCAGAAGAUGAGUUUAAUUUAUGCGACUAUCAACGAAAUAUUACAGACACCGAUGAAACGAACUGGCCUGGAGCCACCGCGGGCCACGGAAUUUACCAUGCCAUGUGGCAGCUAUCACUAGCCCUGCUUUUCAAAUCCAUUAUCACAGUCUUCACGUUCGGCAUUAAAGUACCAGCAGGCCUGUUUAUCCCGAGUAUGGCAGUUGGCGCUAUCGUCGGAAGAAUUAUGGGUAUCGGCAUUGAACAACUUGCAGUCAAUAAACCAGGCUGGACGUUCUUUGACUCGUGUAAACCAAACGAACCGUGCAUAAUGCCAGGACUGUACGCUAUGGUGGGGGCAGCAGCCACACUAGGAGGGGUCACUCGAAUGACAGUAUCAUUGGUUGUCAUAAUGUUUGAAUUAACGGGCGGAUUGGAGUAUAUCGUCCCGCUCAUGGUUGCCGUGAUGAUCAGUAAGUGGGUCGGUGAUGCCCUGGUGCAUGAAGGAAUAUAUGAUGGUCACAUUAAGUUAAACGGUUAUCCGUUUCUGGACAGUAAAAAAGAGUUUAUUUACACAACUCUUGCGGCCGAUGUAAUGAGACCAAGACGGUCUGAUCCGCCAUUAUCAUCCCUAACACAGGAGAGUAUGUCAGUUGAGGAGAUAGAAAAUAUAAUCACUGAGACAACGUAUAACUCCUAUCCUGUAAUUGUGUCAGCGGAGUCGCAGAGACUUGUUGGAUUAGUGUACAGGAGAGAUUUAACACGGGCCAUAGCAACGGCGCGUGAGAAUGAAGAAGGCGUGGUCAGCCAAUCAAAAGUAUACUUCUCGCAUCAUCUACCUCGGUACGCACCACCUGGUACCCCAGCACCCCUGAAGCUCGUCAACAUCAUUGAUGCUUGUCCUUUUCAAAUUACGGAUCAGACACCGAUGAGCACCGUGGUUGAGAUGUUUAGGAAGCUUGGUUUGAGGCUGUGUUUAGUUACGCACAAUGGACGAGUUCUUGGAGUUAUAACGAAGAAAGAUGUUCUCCGUCAUAUAGCAGAGAUGGACCAGCAAGAUCCCGGCUCCAUCUUAUUUCACUAAAACAUGAGGGGAGUUAUCAGUAUUAUACUAAUUAGCAUUAUGGUUCAGAGAUUAAUGAUCUUGAUAUGUCAGAAUUUAUGGACAUACAUUAGUUUUUGUUGAAGUGAUUAUGAAAGCUGUAAUUUUUAUAUGAAGGUGGUUGAUCAUUUGCCAUGAUGGAUAUGGAACUACACAUCAUUUACCUUCUGAACAUGACUGAUCAUUGCAAACCAACAUCAUCAUCAACCAAUUCAAAGGUCAUUAUUGUUUUCAACUAACAUCAUUCCCAUCUUCGGAAUUUUUUAACAAAGUUUUCACCAUACAGGAUGUGCGCACCAAAAAAAAGUGAUUCAUUUCUGUCCGAAAUGUUGACUAUUUCUGACAAAUAUUUUAUUUGUAAUCUUAACCAUUGAUUGAUUUACUUUUUUCACUUAUAAUCAUAACAAUCCCAAAAAAAUGGAUGAAAAAAUGUGUCAACCAUAACAAAUGACUCCUAUCGCUGCCUGCUGACUUUAUCGAUAGAAAAAUAUAUUCCACAUCGGUUUGAGACCCCAGCUUCUGUUUCCAUGCCACCACGCUGCAGUUGUAUAAUAAAGAGAUGCUGUUAUUAUGGCGCGAUUAUUUGGAGACACCGACGAGACGCGAACAGCGAUAUAUUUUUACUGCGACUAACAAUCACAAGAAAAUAUCGCGUCAUGAAGCACCCAAAGCGUGCGUCAGUCAUCAUAUUACGUUAAUAAUAUGUCCAAGUUUAAAGUGCAUUCCAAAAUGAAGAUCCUGACUUGUACCAUUUUUGUACUGAAAUAACACAAAUUGGAAUUUUUCAUUACCCAAUUUUGAAAUACCGGAGUUUAAGAUUACUGUAAACGGCUAAAACUAUGGCUCCUUUUGCCAAACAUUCCGCAUUCAAUGUGCUGGACACAUUCAUGGUUGAAUAACUCAUGUACACACUGGAGUUGCCAAUCUAAACCACACCAUAUAGAGUAGUAUUUAAUAAUAAUAAUUGACUUAUAUAGCGCAUAUUGUAGAGAGCUAUAUGCGCUUACAUUAUUACCCCUAGUCAUUGGAUCAAGCAUACAUGGAACACAUACUUAGCUCCUAGGGAGAAUUGCAUAAUGUUGCAGCUGUAAUCAGCUCAUUUUGUGUUUGAAGCUACCUGGUACCCACUUGUACUCUUGGGUGGAGACAGACAACCGUAGGUAAAUUGCCUUGCUUAAGGACACAAACAAAAUACACAGCGAGGAAUUAAAACUCCGACCUCAUGGUUUAGAAGCAGAAAAGCAUCCACUACACCAAACCGCUCCUAAUGUUUUUGAAGCCAUGAUUGCUGCGGGUCGGCGCAACUCAACUUUAACUCGGCCUUUUCGUUAUGUGAAAUGGAUCCAAUACUACUCUGGAAUUAAUACAGGUUAGCAUUGUCAAAACAGUAUAAAAUAAUGUUCGAUCAACAAAUCAUUUUGAUGUGUUUCUUCUAGGAUGUUGCUGAACAGUGACGUUUAGUGGUAAUUUAACACGCAGUGUAUUGAUUUUAGUGAAAACAUUGUAGCGACCGUGUAGCAAUUUUAUGGAAGCAAACUUAAUAGAUUUUCAUUCCAUUAUUAUCUACCUUAAAGGCUCCAGAAGGAAUAAUUAAUUGACUGUAAAUCAUAUUGUAUUUUCAUAUUUUUAAAAUAAUUCCAAAAUAUUUCCAUCAUGUAAUUAUAUAAUUACGUAGUAUAUAAAUGUAUUAUACUUAUGAUUAUAUACUGUUCCAUCAAUAGAGGGUACUGUGCAGGCAGAAGCAGUGCUCUAGGUUCAAAGGUCAAAAUGGCCAUCUCUUUUUCCUUAGCAUUUACGCCAGCUGUACAAGAGGUGGGAUUUCGCGCAUAAUAUGUUCUUUUUACUUUUCUCGGUACCCAUUUAUACUCAAAUGUAGAUAAAGUGUCUUGUCUGGAAAGGUACAAGUGACUUACAAAACAAGAAUUUUGAAUUUUGACCUUGAGGUUGAGCAUUGCACCAAUUGCUUCACCUCAAUAAAAGUGAAGUGUUAGUAUAGAAAAAAUUUAUUUAGGAAGUACAUUUUUUACUUAUAUUUAUUAGUGCUCUAUGUAAUUAUUUUAUUAUUUUAUUAUUAUUAUUAUAUUAUUAUUAUUGUUAUUAUUUUU